AUGCCACCGCUCCGCCGAGACCUAUCCACUCGGAAUGUCGCAUUUACUUGUCCCAGCACUGUUGGUGAACUGCUUGGUUCGCAAACUGACGUGGAGGGGGGGACCCUGGCCUGUUUCUAUUCAGGUCAAAGGCUGCCUGAAUGUGAUUACUUUCUUUCGGAUGGCACCUUCAAGAAAAGCAUUGCCGGUGCAGUCUGUCCGGGCAACGCUGAUGUUCAAGCCGCUACUACUAGUACCGUCACCGAGCUCAGGACAGUGACUGUGGUAUUAACCCAAGUCGCCGAAAUACAGACUGUCACGACAACAUUCACUCAGAGCGGUCUCACGGUAACCCAGACAGUGACGACUUCUAUGGGUCAAUCCGACGAGUUUAGUUCGAAGAGGGUCGAAACAACGACCUUGACUCGGACGCAACCAUCCUUUCUACCAGAAGUCCAACAGACACUAUUUCCAGCCGCAGAGCGCGCAGUUAUCGCAUUAUCCGUCGUCACGGGCAUAUUGCUUAUCUCGUUCUGCAUCCUUCUUAUCCUAUUCCGUCGUCUGAGGCGAGCACACCGAUCGUGCGCCAAUGUGCGGGACAUCGCCAGGCCUGAGAAAGGAACGUUCGUCAUACAUCGCGUUACGGGAGACUCCGCACUUGUGCAAGAACGACCAUUAUCAUCAGCUGGUAGCGCCGAGCAGAUUUUACAGCGCUCUCCGCCCAGCUCGUCAUUUGCUGCCGUUCUGUUGAGCGACAUUGGGUCCCCGUCAAACGAGGCCCUCACAGAUCCCUUCGCCAGUACCCCGAGUCUCGUUCAAACCUCGAGGAGGCUAUCUCAGUCGACAACACAAACGAGUAGCCAAAUUGUGACUCAACUUGAAGACGACGAAAUCAACAUAACUAUAAUGGAGCCUGAGCUUCCAGAGCGCAUUCUUUCCAUGGAUUCAUUCUCCGUCACACCAGUACUUCAUCCACCAUCGACUCAAAUGGACAUCGAAAGCCGGAACGAGGUCCUUCGGCUGCGGUUGAGUCGGCUGGAGAUGGAGCUAGGCUUGCUGGACCAAUUGUCUCUCGAACACGACUCUCUCCCGCCGUCAUACCACAGUCCAAGUCAGAAAUCUGGCACCCAGUUCGGAGAGGCGACGACCAUGUAG